AUGUACUUUUAUAAUCAAGGGACACCCUUCUUUGCUAUCAAAUAUAUUCCCAAUACCUCUUACGACUAUAGUUACUUUCUCUACCAAUGGGCUUUUACUAUAGCAUUUGGUAAGCCAGUGCCAAUACGUGUGCACAAUGCAACUCUUGUGGUGCUUGGGACAUUGUUACUGUGGUUUGGCUGGUUUGGGCUCAACCCUGGUUCAUUUGGUAAGAUUCUUGUGGCCUACCCCAACACAAACAAUCAAGGUAACGGGACCAGUGUUGGCCGGGCUGCAUUAACAACUACAUUGGCAUGUUCGCGCGCCGGAAUCACAACCCUAUUUGGCCGGCGAUUACUAGUAGGCCAUUGGGAUGCAUUAGAUGUUUGCAAUGGAUUGCUUGGUGGUUUUAUUGCAAUUACUUCAGGAUUUUCAGUUGUGGAGCCAUGGGCCGCAAUUGUAUGUGGGUUCUGUGCAGCUCGGGUCUUGAUUGGGCUAAACAUCGUGACUCUAAAGCUGCAAUUUGAUGACCCCUUAGAGGCAACUCAGCUGCAUGACGGAUGUGGUGUGGUGAGACCCUAUGGCCUUUUUUUAGGUGGUGGAUGGGGUCUGACUGGAUGCCAAGUGAUUGAGGUGUUGGUGAUUGCAGCCUGGGUUAGCCUAACAAUGGGACCUGUUUUCUUUGCACUUGACAAGCUUAAGAUGCUGAGGAUAUCAAUUGAUGAAGAAGUAGCAGGCCUUGAUAUCUCUAGUCAUGGAGGCUAUGCCUAUCCUGCGCACCCGGAAGAGAGCCAUCCUCGCUUCUGCGCAGAUUAUAUGCGUAUCCAAGAUCAAAAUCAUUCAUGAUUCAAUAACACUUCUCCACUGCAUCAUUGGCUCUUUGGUUUGUUGUUUUUCUUUUUCUUCCUUUUUGGGUGAAGUCGAGUGUUUCUGCUCAUCGAUUCCUUUUCCAUUUAAAUUGUUUCUCCUUUAGGAAAGACAGCCUACAUUUUCCUUUUGCAGGUAUAGCUUUGUCGAAACUUUCCCGAGCACCUACUUGUUUACUUGAAAAUCAAUCUGCAGCGUCGUAUGCUCCCUGACGCUUGCCCUUAUUUAGGGACGGCAGCAGUAACUAGGACGGCAUCCAAAACGGAAGAAAUAAUUAGAACACUAAAUAACCUUUCUAAAAGAGAAGUAGAAUAGCUAUUAAACCCGGCCAAUGAGAAAUAAUUAGAACACUACAUAACCUUUUUUAAAAGAGAUGUGGACCUAGAAAACAUUAAUUAUAAA